AACCCUCCCCCCAAGGAAAGGAAUGGUUUCCUCCCAGGUGGCAGUUAGAACCCAAAGCCUCAGCCUUUGCUUCCAGCAGUGGCAGCAGCAGCCCAGUUCUGCCUGCAGGUCCCGGUGACAAUCGCAGCGGCCGGAGGAGGGUGGGUGCAGAGAGGUGUGGGUGCUGCUGAGAGCACAUGGGUGGGGCAGCAGGAGGGGGAGAGCAGGGCUAUAACUGAUGGAGUGCAGGGAGGCUGCUGAGCAAAGAGUGCAGGGGAGAGAGGGAAGAUGCCCCGGGGCAGGUUAGGCAGGGUGAAUGCUGAAUUGUUGCACAAGGAGAGUUGCCAAGGUGCCAGGGUGCGGGCAAGCACAGGGGUGCCACAGUAGGGUGCAGGCUCUGAGGGGAAGGGGUGCAGGGAGGUGAGAAUGGCUUUGGCACAUGGGAGAUAGCAGCGCUCGGAGCCUACAAGGAGCAGGCAAAGGAGAGGAGCAAAGCCACACACAACUCUGUGGAUAUUUUGGGAAUUGCGCAACUUUCGCGCAACUGCAGACUGAGAGACCCGGUAAGGUUGGAGAAUCCAGUAAAGAUCGCAGUGUGGAAAAGGCGCAGAGGGACCUGCCGAGAUGCUGGCGCUAUGGGUGCUGUGGGCGAGCCUGGGACUGGCCGGGGGGAACCCCAGCGCAAGGGACAUCAGCAAAGGAGUGGACUGGCUGACAAGAUAUGGCUACCUUCCUCCUCCAGACCCUUUUUCAGCUCGGCAGCAAACGCUGGAGGGGCUCCGCGAGGCAGUCAAGGCUAUGCAACGAGUAGCGGGCCUGCCAGAAACUGGGGAACUGGAUGAUGCCACCGUGCGCAUGAUGAACAAGCCACGAUGUUCCCUUCCUGAUAUCAUCAUGAGACCCGAGGGCCGCUCUCGUCGCAAUAAGAGAUAUGCUCUAAGCGGCUCUGUAUGGGAUAAAAAGUUGCUGACUUGGAGGUUGGAAAAUUCCCCCAAUACUAUGUCGCAAGAUGUCUCCCGCACCCUGAUAGGCACUGCUCUGGCAGUCUGGAGCAAAGAGACACAACUGCAAUUUAGAGAAACGCGAGAGCAGCCCGACAUUCGUGUAGAAUUCGUAACUGGGUCCCAUGGAGACGGCUAUCCCUUUGAUGGUCAAGGUGGAACUCUCGGUCAUGCUUUUUUCCCAGGUGUGGGGGAAAGAGCUGGAGAAACUCAUAUGGAUGCGGAUGAAUCUUGGUCAUAUAAUACUGAGGAAGGUACAGACCUCUUUGCGGUGGCAGUUCAUGAAUUCGGACACUCUCUGGGGCUGUAUCACUCUUCCAGUGAAAACUCCAUCAUGAAACCUUACUAUCAGGGCACUGUAGGGGAUCCUAGCAGAUACCGACUGCCUCCUGAUGAUGUGGAUGGGAUCCAGACACUUUAUGGUCAGCCAGACUCUGGGCACAGACCUCCUGUUACACCAACCAGGCGUGCCCUUCCCCCACGUGGGCCCUCUCCGGGACCCCGUCUCCCAUUCCCGGAUCGCUGCUCGACCAACUUCGACGCCAUUGCCAAUAUCCGAGGAGAGGCAUUCUUCUUUAAGAACAGGUAUUUCUGGCGGGUGCAGUCCUCGAGGCAGUUGGUCUCACUCAACCCAGCUCACCUCAACCGCUUUUGGCUAGGGCUCCCUCCUGACCUGCCCAAAUUGGAUGCUGUGUACGAGAGAACCAAUGACAGCAAGAUUGUGUUUAUUUCAGGAACCUCAUACUGGGUUUUCAAGGACACCUUGGUUGAGCCUGGAUACCCUCGUCCCCUGGCCGACUUCGGACUGAACACGGACGGCGUGGAUGCAGCUUUCGUUUGGAAGCACAAUGGGAAGACGUACUUCUUUCGCAAAAAUCUAUUCUGGAGGUUUGAUGAAAAGAGAGGACAGAUGGACUCGGGGUAUCCAAAGGACAGUAGCUUAUGGCAAGGUGUGCCACCCAACAUCGAUGACAUAAUAAGUUGGGAGAAUGGUGACACCUAUUUCUUCAAGGGCACGCAGUACUGGAAAUUCCAAGGUGGCAAUGUGGAGGCAGAUCCAGGAUACCCACGGAGCACAGCACUGAACUGGAUGUACUGUCCUUUGGAAGGCCCCGCUGUUCCUACGGACGCCCCUGAAGGCAGGGACCAGAGAGGCUGCAGCUGUACUUGCACUGAUGGGAGGAAUUCGGCCUCGGAAAUCGGCAUCCUUGGGGCAGCAUGGCUGGCUUUUGCCUCUCAUUUGCUGCGGUUUCUGUUCUGAAAAGAACAGGCAGGACAACUGCCCUAGUAAUGGCGCCCGGUGGGGUUUGUUUUGUUUAAAGAGCAGCCACACACGGGAAUGGGCACAGCAUGGAAGCCAUGGUACAAAUGUUGCCAGCAAGACAACUGCAGAUGAUGAACUGAUGGGACUCUUAUCUGUACUGAGCCCAGUGCAUCUGCAGUGACUAACACAAUCUCCUGGUUUUGCCCAUUCUUUUAUUGACAGAAAGGAUUUCUCUCGCUGUACAGAUUACAAAAAAAAAAAAAAUUAA